AUGUCGACACCCACUAGAAGAAGACUUAUGCGUGAUUUCAAGAGAUUGCAAAGCGAUCCUCCAGCUGGUGUAUCAGGUGCCCCUUGUCCCGAAAACAUCAUGAUGUGGAAUGCAGUAAUCUUUGGUCCUGCUGAUACCCCCUUUGAGGAUGGUACUUUCAAGUUAGUAUUGCAAUUCGAUGAAACCUAUCCCAACAAACCACCCCAAGUCAAAUUCGUUUCAAAAAUGUUCCAUCCCAAUGUAUAUGCCAACGGUGAGCUCUGUCUGGAUAUCUUACAAAACAGAUGGAGUCCAACAUACGAUGUAGCAGCCAUUUUGACCAGUAUUCAAUCUCUCUUUAACGACCCCAACCCCAACUCACCAGCAAACGCAGAGGCAGCAAAUCUUUACCGUGAAAAUAGAAAGGAAUAUGUUCGUCGAGUUAGGGAAACUGUUGAGGAAUCUUGGGAAUAA